GCCUCCUUCUUUUUUUUGUUGAAAUUGUAUUUCAACAGAGGGAAUGCCGUGCUUUCCAGCCAUUUCCAUGUGUGUGCCUUUGCCUCCUUGGUGGCAGUUCCCUCAUCCUGGCUGAGUCGCUGGGCUGCAGCUCAAGUCCACCUGCAGAAUCCCGUAUUCUAUGGGAUAUGAAUCACAGCAGCAAAGAAACUGGGGCACUGCAGCUAUUUUGGUGAAGCUGAAGGGUGCUGGGGAAGGAAUGUCCCUGUUCUGAAUCUCCUCAACAUCGUGGCUGCUUCCUGUGGUGGUUUCUGGACCAGCAAAAGCCGUGCAGGUGAAUUAGAGAAAGUGACUCCCAGAGCACCUUGGCUGUAUGAAGUCUUGAGCUGUCAAAGGACUGAGAGGCUUAUGAAGAGGUUCUGUCAGGCAAAACAGUGCUUAGCAAAGACACCAAGGAGGAGGGAAAAGGAGAAAGGGAGGGAAAGAGAGCUGAAACACUAACAAACCAUGAGAUCAAUCCGAUCUUUUGCUAAUGAUGACCGCCACGUAAUGGUGAAACAUUCAACCAUUUAUCCAUCUCCAGAGGAGCUUGAAGCUGUCCAGAACAUGGUAUCAACAGUAGAAUGUGCCCUUAAGCAUGUCUCUGACUGGAUGGAUGAAAAGAACAAGUCUGCCAAGUGUGAGGGUGAUGCAGAAGCCAAGGAGGUAGCUGCAGAAGGCACUGCCAAGGAUCAAGGUGGUCGGACGUUAUGUGGUGUUAUGAGAAUUGGCUUGGUUGCAAAGGGCUUGCUGAUCAAAGAUGAUAUGGAUCUGGAGCUGGUUCUCAUGUGCAAAGAAAAGCCCACAAAGACCUUGUUAUGUAUUGUUAAAGACAAUCUCCCAGCUCAAAUUCAGAAACUUACAGAAGAGAAGUAUCUGGUGGAGGAGCAUGUAAAUGAGGCAGCUAUUGUUAUCCAUAACACAAAGGAGCCCAAGCUCACUUUGAAGGUGAUACUCACAUCCCCUCUCAUCCGAGAUGAAGCAGAGAAGAAGGAAGGAGUAGAUAAUGUUGCGAUGAAAGAUCCUCCGGACUUAUUGGACAGGCAGAAAUGCCUGGAGGCCUUGGCGUCUCUGCGGCACGCCAAAUGGUUUCAGGCCAGGGCAAAUGGACUAAAAUCAUGUGUAAUUGUCCUUCGUAUUCUACGGGAUUUGUGCAACAGAGUCCCCACAUGGGCACCGCUGAAAGGCUGGCCACUCGAGCUUAUAUGUGAAAAAUCUAUAGGUACUUGUAAUAGACCUUUGGGCGCUGGGGAAGCAUUGCGACGAGUGAUGGAGUGUUUGGCAUCUGGAAUUCUGCUUCCCGGGGGCCCGGGGCUGCACGACCCCUGUGAGCGCGAGCCCACGGACGCUUUGUCUUACAUGACAGUUCAGCAAAAAGAAGCCAUUACACACAGUGCUCAGCACGCGCUCAGAUUAUCAGCCUUUGGGCAGAUCUAUAAAGUUUUGGAAAUGGAUCCCCUCCCAUCAAAUAAGUCAUUUCAGAAAUAUUCCUGGUCAGUAACUGACAAAGAAGGUACAGGCUCAUCUGCUCUGAAGAGACCAUUUGAAGACAGUGUCGGGGAUGAUAAAGAUCCAAAUAAAAAGAUGAAGCGUAAUCUGAGGAAAAUACUAGAUAGUAAAGCAAUAGAUCUCAUGAAUGCUCUGAUGAGGCUGAACCAAAUCAGGCCAGGGCUUCAGUAUAAGCUGCUGUCACAGUCUGGUCCAGUCCAUGCCCCAGUCUUCACAAUGUCUGUAGAUGUUGAUGGUACGACUUAUGAAGCAUCAGGACCUUCUAAGAAAACAGCCAAGCUCCAUGUGGCAGUGAAGGUUUUACAAGCGAUGGGGUAUCCAACAGGUUUUGAUGCAGAUGUGGAGUGUGUAAGUUCUGAUGAAAAAUCAGAUACUGAAGGUAAAAAUGAAACAAUAUCUUCAAUCUCAAGCAAUAAUAAUACUGGAAAUUCCACAGCUGACACCUCCGCUACCCUAGAGGUAAGAACUCAGGGUCCCAUACUCACAGCAAGUGGCAAAAACCCCGUGAUGGAGCUUAAUGAAAAGAGAAGAGGUCUGAAGUACGAGCUCAUCUCUGAGACAGGGGGAAGCCACGACAAGCGCUUUGUGAUGGAGGUAGAAGUAGAUGGGCAGAAGUUCAGAGGUGCAGGCCCAAACAAGAAAGUAGCAAAAGCAAGUGCUGCAUUAGCAGCACUUGAAAAACUGUUUUCUGGGCCUAAUGCAGCAAAUAACAAGAAAAAGAAGAUUCUUCCUCAGACUAAAGGGGUUGUCAAUACAGCUGUUUCUGCAGCAGUCCAGGCUGUUCGAGGCAGAGGACGAGGUGCUUUAACACGAGGGGCAUUUGUUGGGGCAGCUGCUGCUACUGGAUACAUAACACCAGGCUAUGGAGCACCAUAUGGAUACAGCACAGCAGCACCAGCCUACGCAUAAAAAGCUGUGUUGAUACUGCUGUGUCAGGCACUGCAUUCCUUGCAUCCCUGUGGACACAUUUGGGUAGGUACCAAAGCCAGGCCAUGGCCUGCUCUGAAUGCCACACCUUAUUUCUGGCUAUGUGUGAUGGGUGACACUAAUAAUGAGAGAAAUUAUUUCGCUAAACUAUUAAACCUGAACUCCAAAUGAGGCAUGAACAACUUUGAUGAUAUUGCAGUUAAAAUCUGCAGAGAUCACAUUACAUUAGGCCAAAUUAAUUCAGGAAGCAGCCAGGUUUGCUUUCCUCCUGUGCUUGCAGUGCAGGACAGGAGGGCAGGCAGGGAUUUAUCUCUGCGUGAAUCCUUUGCUUAGCUGUGGUUUUCUACAGCUGGAAAUUAGGAUACAGCCAUCCAUAAUUAAUUGUUUUCAGUUCUGUAGUAAAUGUUUUAACAAUAUUUUACUUAGAUUACAAUGGGUUUGGAUUAUGACCUAUUGGUGCACAUGAUAUGUGUCGUUUUAAAAUACUAUUUUUUUAUUUGUCUUUUAAACCUUGCGUUAUGCAAAGUUGCAUAGUACAGUGCUCCAGAAGUGCAGUACUUGCAGUACUUGAAGUUGCUGGAAACAACUCUUUUUAUAUAAAAAUGGUUAAAAAAUAAAAAAGCAAAAGGGAGCAAGCUGAUGAUGAUGUAUUAGCAUUUUAGGGUCUCAAUUCAGAGAUGAAAACAUGAACAACCCCUGACUGGUAACAGCUGACACUGGGUGUCAAACAGAAAACCACUUGGUACAGAAUAUAUAGUGGUGUAUCAAGCCCAAAGGUCUGCAUGAAAACACUAACAGCAAAUAUAAACUAUAUUUGAUUUUAAUAUUGAAUCAUCAAAUUCACUAAGUAACUGCAUGUAUGGGUUAUCCAUCGCUAAGGAUGUUUCUGGAUAUAAUUCAUAGGCUGCUAAGAGAAAAAGAGCUGUUCAAUAGUGUCAGCUUUGCUCCUGUGGGCAGGAACUUGCACCUGGGAAAUGAGCUGAGGAACUGUUCCAGGGGCUGGCCCUGGAAGCACAUAAUCCUUCCGUGACAUCUGCAGGACAACUGAUGAGCAAUCAGAAUGUCCUUCCUGUUCAGGGGGCAGGUUUCCAUCUGCUGUUAUCUUCAAGGUGCAAACUCAGGGCUGGAUCUGCAGUUCACCUACAGUUCAGUCCUUUUUUGAGCCUGGCAGGCCCAGCAGUGCUGAUCCUGGAGCAGCAGGCUGCUCUGCUCCUUCAGACAGGAUAUUAUAUUCAUCAAGGUGCAUUAUAAUGAACUCCUCCUGAAUAUUCCUUUCCUGAGCUUAACUGCUGUCAGGCUGACAAGCACUGUCCACUUCAAGGACUGAUAACAAACAUUUUGCUGACUCUCAUUUGAUCUGCUUCUUUGUGGACUGUGCUUGGCAGCUUAAUCCAUCUGUAUUUCUUUCCAUCAGAAUUGCUUUAACUGUGAAUUUCUGUAUUUUUCCGCCAUCACUCUUUUAACUCUUAAAAUCCUAAGCUUUCCACUCUCCUGCUGGUUUUUUAAAAUUAUCUCAACUUCACUGCAUCUUUCUCCUCUAGAUUUCUCUAAUACCCUGCUGUUUGUAACGCAGUAAAGCAUUGCAGUAUUAUGUCUGAUAUGGCCCCUUGCCUUUGCUGCCUUCCUUUUUAGUAGGAGAGAACCAUUUUCUGAUAUGUGAAACACACUAAGAUUCCUAAAUCCUUAGGUUCUGCAGCCACUGGCAAUCAGAGGUAAGACCCUAAGGUGCCUGGGAACCCCUCUCAUUGAUGUGGAACUUGAGAAAAUAGCCCCAUGUAUUGAAGGGUCACAGAGUUGGCUUUGAAGUGCCCAAUGUAUUCACAUUUGAAAGAGCAGCCAAUUCUUAUCAGGAGGUUUUAGCCUAAUACCAAGCUAUCAUCUGAUGAGUAAUCUGGGUAACAUCUGCUUCAUCAAUGUUGCAACAAGCAUGGUUUUGCUAAGGCAGAACUAGAAGCUCAUUUCUUCUGCAUAAUUCUUGUAGGUUUCCUUUUAAAAGCCUCCUCACAGUAGCCUGAAUUGCCUUUUCUGUGGAGUUGGAGUUCUGUGUUACAGCUACUGAGCUUUGUAUUUCUGCAUGUACCCAAGAGCCAAACAUGUAAAUCUGGUUCUGUAUGCUCUGUGCAGCUGCCAGUAGCAUUACCAACUCUGGAGUACCUUUUCAGUCAAGCAGAAAUGGUAUUUUACAGUUUGAAUUUCUAGUUCAUGGAAAAGAAUUCUGAAAAAGUUCCUUUCAAUUAGUACAUCUAUAAAUAGCAGACCAGGGAAAGUCUGUGCCUAUACACUACCCACCUUAACACUAGUUUUAGCUAACCAGAUGAUCGUGUGUAUUUUGGGAGAUGGUGUCUGGCACUUAAAGGAUUAAAAGCCAGAGAUUUACAAUAAAGAACCGGCCCGUUUAAUGUGUUCUCUCUGCUGGAAAUGAAUGGCAUCACCACUGACUUUGGAAUAACACCUGUGAGCUUUAGGGGUCUGCUUCAGUCCCACUUUUGCCAGCCACAUGAGAUUCCUCCAGGCAUGCUCUGCCUAGACAUGGGUUUAGAGUAACCAGGCUGGUUUGGAGGGCUUGGCUAGCUCAAAGCAUGAUCUGUGGUGCUUCCUGCCAUCGUGUUCUCUCUCUGCCAGUGCUUGCUGUCUUCCUUAAGCACACAUUCAGGAGCUGGAACAUGGUGACCUUAUUCCUGGGCGUUUCGCCAGUUGGAUGGAGGGAGGCCAGCCUAUGCUCCUGAAGGGAAUGUGUAACACCAGGCCUCGGUUGCCCAAGCAAUUUCUGUUGGACACAGUGCACAAUCCAACCCUCACAAAGGCAAUUUAGUGCCUGGGUAGGUGGUUCCUAAUCUGUCUAAUUUGCUGUAGUGUAGCCAGUGUGAGCUAAUUAGAUGAUUCAGCAAUUGUCAUGGCUCCCCACUUAAUGUGCUGUAAAUGCUGCUGCCACAACAUUCAUUGCUGUUAAAUACCUUUGCUUCCGUGAAUUCUGUCCUCCUGCCCUGCCUUUUCUGAUCAUCUUCUAGUAUCUCAGUAAAUAACUGAUUCUCUCAAAUUAUGAAAUUGUUAUAUCUAAGUAUCUAGAGUCUUAAAAAAUUUUAAGCAGACUGUGAAGCACUUUAGAGAAACUAGUUUUCCUACAUAUAUUUCAAGUUAUUCAUGUGCCAGAGGACUAUUUCUACUCAUUAACAAAGAUCUGAAAACUGCUCCAGUAUCUCUCAUCUCUGGAGACAAGCAUUCUUUCUUUGAGAACACUUGCCUUCUGGUAGGAAAAGAUUUAAAGUGUGUCUUAAUAAAAGACUGUGCCCUCAAGCCCCUGAAAUAACUUAAUUGCAGAAAAGGGCACAAAUCUAAAAUUUUGCUUUUAUUGAGCUAUUGAGAACAAUUUCCCUGACAACAAGUUCCUCAGAUUAUUAGGAUGUAGAAAAUGCAGGAGGAGGGGCAUGAAGAUUUUUCAAGUAGUUUAGGGGAAAAAUCUUGCUGUUUGUUGGCUGUUUAGCUCUGGGACAUCAUUCUCUUGUCACUUCUUUAUUUCCAAGACAGCAAUAAAUGUGAGCAGCUUUAACAUACCAUCUCUGAUCCAGUCCUGGAACCAUCCCUUGGAGAGUGAGCGUGGCACUCCCUGUUUUUUCUUCCACCAACUCUCUGAAAAAAAGUCCCUUGCUUCAUUUGUAAUUCUGUAUCUGUACUUCUGAGCCAGUCUAGAGAUGGAAUUGCUGAACAUCUCUCCAAAUGUGUAUAAAUGACAAGACAGUAUUUCAGUCUUUACCCAAAGUUACAAGUUUCCUUCUGCCUCUUGUGCUUGGUAUACCAAGAUAUGCUCACUCAGUAUAGUUCAGUAUUAGAACUUCUUGCUUUUAGCUAAAUUCUAAGACAGUUGCCUGUUACUUAAUGAAGGGAAAACAAUGUCCCAGCCUCACUGAGUUCCAAGUCACAAAGAAGCUUACAAAAACAGCUCCUAUUUCCGGUGGCUCUGGGAAACAGCACAGCUCUGCUGCUGUGGAUUCCUUUGGCUACAUGAUGAGAUGUGUAAACAUGAAAUUCAGAUUGUUGUUCUGUCAUGAAACUGACUAGGACCUCGCCUCUCUGGCAUCAAAAGAAUGAAAAUGAGCUCUGUGCUGGGCACGCUGAGGAGCUCUGUUAGGAACGGCUGUUCUGUUUCAAAAAACAGUAACUCAGCUCAAAUGUUCAGCACACAGACCCUCUUGGGCUUCCUGCUGAAUAAUCCAGUGAAAAAUGAGGUAUUUUAUUGACUUGUUUAAAGCAGAGCAAAGAGACAGGGUAGCUGAAUCUGCUGUCUUAGUAUAGGAGACAGUUUGUCUAACAGCUUGUUGGUUUCAUUCCACUGGAAGUGGAAAUUCUGCUAAAGUCAUUUCAGAGCACUUCACCAGAGAAACCCAGCACUGAGGUCCUGUGCCCAUGGACCACAGCAGCAGUUUCACAUGCACUUUCUUUUGAACAUAAACCAUUUAAGGUAGUGGUUAAGUUGGCAUGAAGAGAAUUGUCAUCACUAAACUGUUUUAUUACUUAACCCCAGUGUGAUGUCUUCUUAGCUUUAUUUGUGUCAUCUGAAUCCAUACCUAUUUAUGUCCAGGUAUUCUGGUGCUUUUUCUGCUCACAGAUACCACAUUCACUUGUUGGUUUGUAACUGAUAUAUGAGAUAAUACAAAAGCACAAGACACAUCUGCCUGUUCCUCUGUCUGCUCCUCUCUCUGGGGUUUCCUUGGAGAAAGGGGCUCUUCCUCCCAGUCUGAUGCUGUGUAGGCAAGGCAAUGCUUUACUGUGAGUAUUGUGAGUUAGGUAAAAGUUCAUCAGACAGUAAGGUUUAAAUUCAGUAAAGUGGGUUUUUUCUCCAGUUCCUGAGAUUGAAUGAAACGUUCAUACCACAUUGUUUAUCUUGAUGUUUAUGAGGAGCCGAAUGUCCAAAAGUGGUGUGUGGAGAUGUGCAGUUCUAAAGCAUAUCUCUUAUUCUGGAUGUUGUUUUAUCUUGUAUUUGAUGCCUUAACUCUAGAAUUUAAGGUCAUAUAUACUGUACCACAGUAUAUAUGUAGUACACAGGUGGUUCAGUACUUGUGUACUUUAAAAGAACCCAUCAAGCCUACUCUACAGAAACUCUUAUACAGACUGAAGCUUUCUCAGGGGGAGUACUCUUCCAUGUUUAAUUAAUAAUCCACCAAGAAGAGACAGUUAUAAGAAUAUAAAGAGCAUUUAAAAAUUUUAACUGCAGAGACUGAAUUUAUCUGAGACUGAAUUUAUCUGCUUUCUAGUUUCAAAGAUUUGGGGCAAUAAGAUAACUAAAGCUGCAGUCUCUUCUCUGCUGUGUUAAGUAAACGACUUCAAAAUGUUUUUGCACCAGCCAGAACUGCAUGUUUGUGAAAACCACUGGACUGUUAUCUCUACUAGAAUAAAUAACACUUAAUUUUAAAAGGCAUUAAUUGAAUGUAACUGGCUAUCCUUCAUUGGUUAGUAGAGUUGAAAUGAGUAAGAGCUGCAGUUAAUUUUUAAUUAAACCUGAGCCUCAUUUAUACCUCUAACCAGGAUCUAGAAGCUCCAGCUGCCUUAUGCUGCAAAGCAGUUCAUGAGGUGUAGUGCAGCAUCAGCUUGAACACAGGAUUUCUGAAUGCAUCUGCUUCUGGCAGAAUACACUGAGGCAAGAGAGAGAAAAGAUAACAAUGGAAGUAGAAUAUCCUUCUCCAGUUUUAGAGGUAAAGCAUCAUAGCUGGAAGUUGGAGGGAAGGUAGCACUGCCUUUUCCAAGUCCAUUAAGAGAGUCUGUGGUAAAACCAGGAGGUUUAUGUGUGCUGGGGAAAGCCAGCAGCCUUGUGUACUGUGAGCACACACAGCACACACACAGGGGGAGCUUGGAUUGCUUUUUUAAUAGUUAGUGAGAAAUUAGGUAAGAGGUUUAAGCUAUCCAUACAGCAGGCUAAAAGCUCCUAAUGAUGUUGCUACAGGAGAAUUUAUUUUUUCUGUUCAGUAAGUAAGUCCAGGACUGCUGGUUUUCCAGAGGAGGAAUGCAAGAAAUACAAUGGGCAAAUUUUGUUUCCUGAUGCAGCCCUACCCAAAACAGAGAGAUAGUUCCAGGCAGUGUACAGAGCAUGCAGUUGAAUUUUGGGAGGGAGGAAUAAUAGUAAUUUCCUCCAAAGUAAUAGUAGUUAGUUGUUUCUGCAAUGCCCACAGUAUUCUAGACAAGCUGCCUUUACACAGAGGAGCAUGGCAACAAGGGAAAGCAGGUACUGCUCCCACAAUGACCUGUGCAAUGUGCACAUUUCAGGUCGCCAGUGUUGAUGUAACUCCUUAUGACAAAGUAGGUUCAUCUUACCAGCAAAGUGUAUUUUGACAUUCUAUCCACUUCUAUUUUUUAAGCUAAAGGGGAGUUAAUCAUAGCACUCAUCUGUUUCGAAGGGAGUAGAGCAGAAGGUAAGUUUCAACUUCAUACUUUGAAGCUGCUAUGAAUAGAUAAACAGCAUUCCAUGGAAACAACCUGAUGUAGUUAUUUUCUUCGAGCUUCAUUUCUGUGUUCUUGCAAAAGCACAAGCUUGUGUAAGCGUAAUCAAUACAAAGUUACUCAGGGUACUGCAUCAUCUCAGCAGUGGACACUAACUGCAUCUUAAGUCAACAGGCACACAUAAAUCAAGCUUAAUUAAGAGGAACAGGACAUCUUGGCAAGUUUUGCUUUACUAUUGGCACUGCUACAAUUUAAUGAUCUAUGCAUAUCGAAAUGUGUGUAUUGCUGCACUCCCAACAGAAUGUGAGUCUUGUAAGGGUGUCCUGUAAAGUAACAAAGUCAGGGUAAGAGAGACAGUAUUUAUUCUUCUGUCAUUAUUUUCACAAAGAACUGUUUCUAAGCAGAUGGAAUGUCAUUCUGCUCAAAGGAGAAUAACGGUGGGCUAAAGCACAGCAUUCAGAGCAGUACAGCUUUUGAAAAGUUAGUGAUCCUAUGAAUUUAAUUAUGAAAAUUCUGAUUUGCAGUACAGAUUCUUUCCUGUAUUUUUAAACUCAAUAUCACUGUUUCCCUGCUCAAAAUAAAAAGAUAAAUACAAGUGUAGUUUUCUAAUAACAUCUAUUGCAUGGAAAUCCACAUACACUGGAAGAAAAGGGAGGCUGUACUGCAGAGAGCAUAUUCAACUACAGAGCCAUUCUCUGGGCAAUGCUGCAUAAUUUAGGAGUGGGUAACCAUGCCUUCAGGGACAACAUGACACAGAGCAGAUGGUUGAAAAAAAAUCACAGAAAAAAGGCCUCCAAGCUUUGUCCAGUCAUACAUUUAUCCCUCCCUGCAAAAGGGGACAGGUACAUUCAUACAUGCAUAAUGAGUUAUCUGUCAGGCAUCACAGAGGUCCUUAAGGACAAAUGUUUUGGAGCCAGUCUCCUUUUGGACCGAAAAAGGAGGAAGUUGACUCUGUCUUCCAGUUCCAAGGUGCAGUGUCUUAUUUCUCAUCCUAACCCUAAGUCAAUAUUUAUUGAUCAAACUGACUAAGCUUUUUAGGCUGACCAGCUCUCUAUGAAGCAAUUCUGUUCUCUUGAGCCUCUGCAGGGGCCAGUAACUGGUGCUUAACUACUGUUUCCAGUCCGGAAUGUCACCGUCCUCCAGCUGCCCCAGAGCCAGGCUGGGACACUUGCACUUCUCAGAGAGCAACACUGCUGGGGGUGGGGGCUCUCCAAAGCACUGAAGUACGACAGCAGAGCAAGUCCCAGUGGGCUGUAUGCUUUUUAAAGUCCUGUCCAGUUCUUAGUGACAAAGUUGAGCAUGAAACCUGUACUGCCAAAUGUACCAGCCCCUUGCUUAGAAGGGCAUCAAUGGGAAGCAGUCUCAGAAGUGGAGAUUUUGAGGAAAGGCUGGUGCUUUCCAAGGCCAACUCACAAGCUUUUUUUAAUGGUUGAAUUUCCACCAACCAAAAAGCACCAUCAAUGAAAUCAAUUAAAAUUGCUGCUGAUUUUGGGCUACAAUAUCACCUUUGUGUAACCUAAACCACCAUGCAUCUAAAGAAUUCUUAGGCAAAGACUUGUCAGGAGGCAGAGCCCUUCAGACAGGAAAUCUGGCAGUGCACUCUGAUGUGACUUUUCUGAUGAUAAUUACUUCUCCAAGACAAGGCAAAGACAGAGGCAGUGCUUUGGGGCAGUGUUUCAUGCUCAGCAAGUUUGUAGAGGGAAAGGAAUGAAAUUCUAUAAAUCACUUGUACUGUAUUUGUUUCUAGACUUGAAUGAAUUUCACUUUUCCUUUGUGAGUCAGCGUAUAAAACAUUAAAGAAAAUGUCUAUUUUUCUAAAUCUCUUUCACCAAUAGAGGUCUGACCUGCAGCCAAGAGAUGGGUUUAUUUAUCCACAGAGGAUGGAGUGUUUAUUUCUGAACUAAGAUUGGAUAUGGCAUUGAAUAAAAAGAAGUAUGACCUAUAAACUAUCUAAACCUUAAAUACUAUGAACAAAUUCCACAAAUAAGUAAUAUGGUGGAUGAUUCCAUCUUUCUUCCCAAUAAAUCUCUCUCAAAGAAGUUACCCAGAAUUAAACUUCCAAAUGAAGUACAAGAGAUCCUUGUGGUCUAAUUACAGACUACUUUCAAAAUACUUCAGUUUUCUCCCAAUUUGUAAUCAGUAGAGAACAAUAACUGAACUACUCAAAACUAUAAAUAAAGCAAUUUCAAAUAAAGUAAUUUGGCAACAACCAUGGCUAUUUAUAGCACUAAAAAUAUAAUUUGAACAUUUGAAUUUUCUUAAUUUGGUAGCAGUUGAGUGGGAAGAAAAAUAACUGCACAGUGAAUUUUAAAUUGAGCUGUAUCUACUCACUGGCCAAAAAAGCCUGCAAAUGUAAAGGGAACGCUCUUUGUACCUUCAGUUGCUUCCUCCUGUGCUGCUGUACCCCGUACACUUGGCUUCAUUUGGCUUCUGUGCUGUGGUUUGUACGCCAGCCACUGUUACUGACUGUACACAACACGAUCUGCACUGUAAUCUCGGGUCAUUUCCACUGGUUGUAACCCAACACUACAGACUUCUCUGUAUAUAAAACCAGAACCAUGUCCCAUUUGCUUCCAAUAGCUCCAAUAAAGACUUAUCUCUGUAAACAGGAA